GCGUCAGUGUUGAAGCAGAGACGGGGAUCCCAGCGGCACGUUGUCGCUGUAUGAGACAACUGCAGUCUCGCAGUAGCGAAAACCAUAUACUUUUUUCCCCGUCUUUUCUUUCAUUAGAAUUUCGUAAACGGUGGCGCGAUGCACUCGAUCAUGUAGGAUAAAUACUUUUUACAUUUUCAUUUUUCUUUUUUUUAUACUAUACUGGAUGUAACUACGAGCCUCUUUCGUCCCGCGGCGUUCCAUUGAUAUUAUUUUGUGGCAUAUUUAAGUGCGAACUUUCUGAAAACCAUUGCAAGAUAAGUCAUCAGUUAAAUAACUUAUUUGAAGCCCUUGACGAAGACCCUGUUCUGUAACACUACUGUGACUGAAUCAUGAGUGAACAGAGUAUCUGUCAGGCGCGGGCCGCUGUCAUGGUGUAUGACGAUGCCAAUAAGAAAUGGGUUCCAGCCGGCGGCUCCACGGGCUUCAGCAGAGUGCACAUAUACCACCACACUGGCAACAACGCCUUCCGGGUGGUGGGACGCAAAAUACAGGACCAUCAGGUGGUAAUAAACUGUGCCAUUCCCAAGGGGCUCAAGUACAACCAGGCCACACCCACCUUCCACCAGUGGCGAGAUGCCAGGCAGGUCUACGGACUCAACUUUGGCAGCAAGGAGGAUGCCAACGUAUUCGCCAGUGCCAUGAUGCAUGCCCUGGAGGUGCUCAACUCUCAGGACACAGGUGCAGGCCCCACGUUGCCAAGACAGAGCCCCCAGAGCCCCCAGGUUCAGAAUGGACCUUCGCCAGAGGACCUGGAGAUGCAGAGAAGGCAGCUGCUGGAGCUGCAGCGGCUGAAGGAGGUGGAGCGGGAGCGACUGGAGCGGGAGCGUCAGGAGAGGGAACGGCUGGAGCGUGAGAUGCAGGAGAGGGAGCGUGAACGUGAACGCCAGGACCGGGAGCGCCAGGACCGGGAGCGCCAGGACCGGGAGCGCCAGGAGCGCUCCGAGAGGGAGCGCUCCGAGAGGGAGCGCUCCGAGAGGGAGCGCUCCGAGAGGGAGCGCUCCGAGAGGGAGCGCUCAGAGAGGGAGCGCACUGAACGGGAUCGCCUGGAGCGCGAGCGUCAGGAGAAGGAGAGAGAGCAGCUGGAGAGAGAGAGGGCGGAGAGAGAGAGGGAGCUGAUGGAGAGAGAGAAGCAGGAGAGGGAGAGGAUGGAGAACGAGACGCGGCAGGAGCAGCAGUUGGACAGCGAGCAGUUGGACUGGGAGAGAGGGAGACACAUCUCCAACGCCACAUUUGAAAGUACCCUCUACACCCCUCCGCCUCCAGAGUACUCCUCCAAGACCUCCUCUACGUCUGUGUCUCCCACCACCCCCAACUACCCUCCACCCACCCCGUCACCCUCCUCUGCAACACCCCCCACCCCGCCUCUACGACACUCUGCCUCCCGAUUCGCCACCUCACUCGGCUCCGCCUUCCAUCCGGUCCUGCCCCACUACGCCACAGUCCCCAGGCGACAGCCUGUCCCUCCCACGCCCCUUGCCCCAGCCCCGGCAACCCCCUCCAAGUCAGUGGUGUGGUCAGCAACCAACUUCAGCCCCCUGCCUCCCUCGCCCCCCGUCAUGAUCAGUAGCCCGCCGGGCAAGGCCACUGGCCCACGCCCCGUCAUCGCCAUCCCGGCCCCCAGCCCCUUGUCACAGAAACACCCCUCUCCCUCCCCCAACGGGCCCCCCAUGUUCCCCGCUCCUUCACCUGUCACCAUCGGCAACAGCAGCAACCCCACCCCGCCUCCUCCGACCCCACCUCCCCCUCCACCGCUGCCCCCUCUCUCCCUGUCCCUGUCGUCGUCCUGCCAGCAGUUGCCCGUCGUCUCCCACAUCGCUCCCCUUGUGUCCUCUCCCUCAUCCCAGCCUGCUAUUGUCCCUUCUCCUUCCACAGCUCCCCCUGCAUCUGCUGACCUCUCUGUAAACCUCUCUGUGCUGGGAGACUCCUGCUCCGUGGCUCCAGAGGCCUCUCAGCCUGCAGACCCUCUGGCCCAGCAGGACACAGCUUUGACUCUUGUGCUACCCACCCCUCCUCCCCCUCCCCCCCUUCCUCCCGGUUCCACUGUGGCCCCCACGGCCGCUGCCCCCCCAGCCCCACCAGGCCCUCCUCCCCCUCCCCCCUUGCCCCCCACACUCACUCCUACCAGCGGCGGGCCUCCUUCCCCACCUGAACCGCCACCUCUCCCCGGUGGCCAGGCCCACCCUCCCCCUCCCCCAGCCCCUCCCCUGCCACCUGGUCUCUUCUCCCCGUCCGAGGACCGCCCCCUGUCCGGGCUGGCUGCUGCCCUCGCUGGAGCCAAGCUGCGUAAAGUGCCACGGAGUGAUAGUGGUGGUGAUGCCGCAGCUGCUCUGGCUGUAGCCAUGGCUGGGGGUUUGGCUGGCUCUGCAGGGGCCAAACCUGGAGGGAACGGCCCUCUGGGUGGAGCACCUGGAGGAGGGGGGCUGAUGGAGGAGAUGAGCGCCCUGCUGGCCAGGAGGAGAAGAAUUGCAGAGAAGGGAUCAUCCCCUGAGCCAGAGCAGCGAGCUGAUGAGAGCGGCGAGGGCAACACAACUCCCAAAGUGUCAGCCUGUAGUACACCUGACAUGCCCAGAAAACCUUGGGAGAGGACUAACACUAUGAAUGGUAGCAAAUCCCCGGUCAUUGGAAGACCGAAGUCCACAACCACACCGACUGGAUCCCUAAGUGCCAACGGGGUGCCAACAGAAGGUCUCGACUACGACAGAUUGAAACAGGACAUUCUGGACGAGAUGAGGAAGGAGUUAUCGAAGCUGAAAGAGGAACUUAUUGAUGCCAUCCGGGAGGAGCUGGGAAAGUCGAACACAGCGUAGAAGGAUCUCACCGGCCUGUGCAUUACAUCCAUUACCGGACAUCUGCGACAGGUCAACUUCAGAUAGGACAAUCUUAUAAAGAACCGAAAAAGGAAAACAAAAAAAGUCUAAAAAGGUAGCGACGAUAACAAUAAUAACCGUAUUAAUACAGAAGACAGUGUUUUUGUCGGCAGAACAGCGUCACACACAGCUGGGGACGAGGGAGAGCGGGAGGCCGAGGGAGAGCGGGAGGCGUGUAGCAUGGGAAGCACUGCUGGCGUCCAUCUUGUGAAGCCUGGCCUUUCCUGCCAUUUUCCCGCAGCCUCACCUGGAGGACAGGACACAGUCUUAAAAGAGGAGUGACUGUCAUUAUGCAAAGAUUUCUCCCUUUGUCGAUAACACAAGAAAACAAGGAAAAUCAACAAAUAAAAAACUAACUAAUAUUGAACUGUAUACUGUACUAACCAUUGAAGUGUGAGAAAUCAAACAGACAGCAUUUACACUAAGAAUUGGAACAGUUAGCGUGCAAUUGUGAUUUCAUAGUGAAAAGACACAUUUAGUGGGUGAGUGUGAAGUUUGGAGGCAGGAGGAAAAGGGAAGUAGGACUCAGUUCCCCAUAGGGCCAUAGGAGGGAGCCUCUGGGUGUGAAUGAAGGACUGACUGAUGGACUUGGUAUAGUCUACUGCUGCAGGACUCUGUAAAGCUAGUCUUCCUCAAAUACUAUUUUAACCUGAAUAUGUACAAAUGAAGAAAAAACGAUAUCUAGAAGUCUUUCAAUCAUGUCUGUUUUAAUGUAAACUAUGGCCAUAUCAAGUAGCUUAAUCAACUCUUUACAUGAUGGUCUGUCUCUUGGUCUGUUUGGCUUAGUAUCCGAAUAUCAUUAUCUUCUUUUUUCUAUAACGAGCUACUGUUCUGCAUUUCUGUGUGUUGCAGGCUGAUGAGACCGUCACAAAGGGUAUGCCUUUCUAAAUGUCAAUCAUUGUAGCUCUUUACCAAACAACCUCUGUCAAUUAGUGGUGGUUAAUAAUGCUAAAAUCACCAUGACCAGAUCUGGAGAUGGAGCUAUUUGAAAUCUCUGUACUGUUAUUAUGAGCUGAACUUUUUUCUCUCUCUCUCUCUCUCCCUCGCAAUUUCUAGACGAUUUUUGGUGCAUGUAAGGUUUUGUACGGUGAGGGUCGUGAGGCUGCCACGAAAUUGAAUUAUUGUCCAUUGGUUUAUAAGCAAUAAGUGUAGCAUCUGGGUUGAAUUUCCCCCACAUUAUUCCUUUUAAAUGUUUGUGUUCUUUUAACUCCAUUCUGAACACCUGUUAAGGAUGUGACUAUGUGACAGUAUCUCCUCCUUUCCACUAUAUCCACCUCCUCCAUAGAUUCUAACUGUGUGAAACAGAUGGGUUGAGAAGAGAUGGUUGAACAGACCCUCCCUGUUUAUAGCCAUUUAUGUACUGAAUUUACUGAGGAAUGCCAUUAUUUUUUCAAUUCAUGGUAUUUUGUUUUUGGGAUUCAAGGCUACUGUAUCUUUUAAUUGAUAUUGCAGCUAAAUUCAAUAUUCUAUUUUUUUUUUUGCUGCAUUUGAAAGAACUAGUAAUGAAGAAGGGUGUGAGGGAAACCCCAGAAAUAGGUUUGUCUGCAUGAUGUAUCCAUAUGGACAUGCUUGUGCCAUUAAGUUAAGUGUUUCACUUGCGCUUAAUGAUGAUUUAUUUUUAUUUUUUAAAUGCCUUUAUUUCCUCCCCUAUAAUUUGAAGUUCUGAUAAUGGCCCACCUUGUUUGACUCAUUUGGUCAUAGGAAUGGCAACAGCUUUUUAUUGAAAAUGUUUCCUUUUCAAAACAAAACAUUUUGUAUACAGUGCCGAGUUGACGUUCCUAAUAAUCUCGAUGUACAAUCAACUGAGAGAAACCAAGUCAACCUGAGACUGGUGUGAAAGAAAGAACUGUCUUCAAUGUAAAACUCUAUUGCUUCUAUUCUCUUGAUUUGCUGGUGAGGGGAUCGACUUUGAUCAGGGUUAUGUCAUGGCAACAGCUGAGGUGUGGUGGUGAGCAUUAUUCAAAACACUCCCCUUGUGUGUAUUUUGCUCAAACACAACUAAUUUAAUUCUCUCUGGAUCAAAGCAUAGGAAGGUUUGCACACGAGUGUUUACAGCAUCGAUUGCACUUUAUAAACCCAUCGAAAUUCAUGAUACUAUGAUGAACCUGCUUACAAGAUGCAGCCAUCGCCAAGAGUGUGACUAUCGCACCAAAGGUUUCAGCUACAAUCUCCUCCUACACACGUCACGCUCUACUGAGUCGCCUUUUGUUUCAUCAUUGUCAAGAGAAGGAUACAAAGAUUUCUUUGGAUUGAGUAGUGAAACGUUCUGAUCAAGGAUCAUUCGUAUCUACGGAUAAUUCUGUUUGUAAUCUUCAUGGUUUGUGCCUUGUUCUGAAUUUGCAUUUAAUAUGUAAAAGAUUUAAAGACCAGUAAUAAUACUAGGAACUGUCAAAAUCUUCUUCUUUUUUUGCAUCCUGGUAUAGUUAUUUUGAAGGGAGAAUAAUAUCCGUUUCAAAGUGCAGACAUGGUGUAUUUUCCUCAUGCCAUUUGUAUGUUGCAGAGCGGUUUAGGUUCUUGGCGCUUGGAAAUCUGAAAAUAAAUAUAUCCUCUAAAUUGAAAACAUUUGAUAUCAAAUUGUUGAUUUUUGUCCAUUAAACUCAGAUUUUGCCAUCUACUGAGGGAACUGAAGCUUGUGGACAUAAUAAAAAACAUGCGGGAGAAAUUAAACUGAAUGUCUCUGAAAUUAAUUUAUCAGCUUCGUUUAUUUUUUAUUUUAUUCAAACUGUACCAUACCAUUCUCAUGUUAAUUACAAUUUUCUUACAUGCUAACAUUGUUUUGUUUGAGCGAGUAAAAUAAAAAAUUGCAAUACAUGAUCAAAAAGUA